AGGUCUACGUAUAAAUUUACUACCAUUAUUACGACCAUAUAUUGCGCCAUAGAUCAUUGUGCACAUUCCAGUUGCCUAGCCUAGCCUUUGGAAUCACCUAAUAACUAGUUCUUACUUCUUAAUCUGUGCUUUGGUAUACGGAGUACUUAAUCUGUGGUUACUGUUCAUGUUCAGUCCUUGGUCGAUAAAUAUUUUUCUUACUUUUGUGUACAUAAAACUGCAUACUUAAAAUUAUAGUAUUGAAUUUGCCCUUUAGCUAAAAUUUAUUGUAUUAAAUAUUUGGCUAAAGAUUUCGCCGUUGUUCUAUCUCCAUAUCACACGCGCCUUUACUAUUUUUAUUAUUUUUGUGAUUUCCAUCUAGAUUCUAUAAAACAUUACAAAUUGAAUGUUAGAAAAAAAAACUAGUGUUAUGUGGAUUGUUUAGUGAAGAUACCUUAGCUAACGUUUAAUAAAACCUAUAUUGAUAGCCAGUUUCAUUAGGCAAAAAUUAUACAUAUCUGCAGCUUUUAAUAGAUUGAGGAAUACUAUUAAAUUAUAAAAGAUUAUAUCCUGAAAAAGAUCAAAGAUGGAUAUACCGUUUCCAGUUAUAAAACCUCAUCUAACAUUUGCAGAUUGGUUUAAUGCAGAUAAUCCUUGUGAUGAGGAUGCAGAAUUAACUAAACUAGAACAAGCACAUCAUCGUUGGUUAAAUUCGUUUACCAAGAGAUGUGUGAAACAUGCUCCAGUAGAAAAGCCUGAUCCAGAACCGAUUGACGAAGGAGAAACAGAAGAUGAUGGUGGUAAUGAAGACGCAGAUGAAUCGGAAGAUUCCCAUGACGUGGACGAAGAGGAGCGAAUCCCCGCCACUGAUUCACCGGAACAUAUUAAUGAAAUCGAGCAAGAACAGGCCAAUCUAGAUGACGAUUUCAUUCCCGAUGUCGAAGUCGUCGAAGCCAGUCUUUGGCCUUACACCAUUCAAGAUCCUUAAGGAAAUUAAUCAAUUAUGUAUAGACCAAUUCGAAACCUUGUUGUUUCUCUUAACUUAUUUCAGUUUACUUUAUUAUUCGCCUGUAUCAAGUAGCGUUCUGUCGCACAAUUUUAAUCGCAUCACUUUAGAGUUAAAUGUUUGAAGAAGCAUUCUAAUCAUUCUGAUUCUAUAUUAGGUGUGAUAAAUUAUCGUACUAAAUACCCAUAUCUAACUUAUACUUUACGUCUAUAACAGUAGCUACAGCUAAUAAGAAUUGCAAUAGUAGGGAGCCAAAAUAGAGGUUGAUAGGGUUUACUCGAACGAGUCAGAUAGCAAAAAAAUAGAAUUUUUGAAAUCUGUACACUAGUCAAUCUAUCACUAGUCUAUCAAGUCAAAUAUUCAAGCACUUCUUUUUGGAUAGGUUACCGCAAGGUUCGAGUAAAUAGUCUACCAUGUAUGUAGCAUCAACCCCCCAUCCCCUACCUUUGACUGGUUCGACGAUUGUAUAAUUUAGCAAAGACUACGAUUAAUCUGAAUCAUUGUACUUGAACAAGAAAAAGUAGGCUCUUGAGUUUCUAUAAUGUAAAGUAACAACGUGUUGUUAUAUGGAUUGUUAUUUCUCUUUGUUAAUGACUCUACCGUGGCCUCCAUAGAUUCUCGACAAGCAUUUAUCCGGGAGAGUCAGGAAAUUGUCACUUAUUAUAAAAGUAAGAUCAUAAUAGUUAUAAGUUUAGCCAUUCCGAUUGUCAGACCGCAAGUUGGUAUUUUUUUUUCGAAGGAAACAAUAUGAGUGUUUUUUCCUAUGAUUAUCAUUAAAGGUGAGGAACUACUUAUGUUACGCAUUGCUUGUGGAAUUACAGUACGUAUUAACAAUUUAAAUCAUAAAAAGAAAAUAAACUCGUCCUUUAUUUAGUUAUGGAGUUCGCAGUUUUCAAACACUACUCCUGACUCCUGUAAUCGAUUUUAGUGUCCCAUGGUGCUUAUCCCCGCUUCCAUGUAUUUCAGCAGAAUUGUAGUGCUGAAGUACAUGGAGAUUAAAGCUUAGGUUUCCUUUUUAUUAUUUUUUUUAUCAAUAGUACCCAUUUUCAAGUUUAUUAUUAUCUGCCUUCUUUUUAAUUAUUUGUUUUUUUUUUUAAAUAUUUGCAUUACCUAUUUAUGGCAAAUGCAAAGUAAACUAUUUAUCAAAUUCUGUACCUAACAUACCACUUGAUAAAAAAACACGAUAUAAUUUUUUAGUUAAUAUAUGGAAAACACAACCAACAUCAAACAGAUUAUUUAUUAAGUAAUAAUAUUCAGAUAGUUAAAAAGUUACCUUUAUUGUUGGUCCAUUUAUAUCUUGUUUGUUACGUACUUUGUAGAAUACUAUGUCUUGAACAUGGUUUUUAUUUCGACAAUAAACGCUUCGCCGUUUUGAUUAUUGUUAUUUAUGUAUUGAAUGUUAAUCGAUGCUUCAAUUAUACCAUGUAGCCUAUGAAUAUUAAAAGUUUAAGUACCCGCAAUGUAAAUAAAUGUUAGACGACACGCGAACCUGUAUCAAGUGAGUCAGUUACUGACAAAACAUAGGUAAUCGAUUGAAGUUUUCAUAAUGUUUAUGUAUUUAGAAAAUGUGAAACGGGACUAGUUGAAUGUUUAAUGUGAGUGUUAAAAUAAAUAAAGCAUACGAAACU